CUCUGUAUUUACAUGUACAUACAAUGACGACAUCCAAUGCACAUUUCAUUUUCGUCGGGACAAAGUUGUAUUUUGUGGUCCUGAUUUUGCUGUCGACAAUUAGAGAUUCGUCAGCACAUCCACAAUGCCUUGACUUUUCCCCACCGUUUAACUUCGACCAGGGCGAUCAACCAGAGUUCUGCACUCUGUACCAAGACUUCGGAUGCUGCACCCUCGCAAAGGAUCGGCAAAUUAGGCAGACCUUUCAGACUAUCGUCACGGAAUAUAAUACCAUGCAUGGAAGCUUAUCGAGCAAUUGCAGUAAUUUCCUGAGCGAAAUCCUCUGUCAGGAGUGUUCACCGUACGCGGCUCAUGUUUUCGAUGGUGAGGACUCACAGGAGAAUAUAAGACGGUUGCCCGGGCUUUGCAGCGAUUACUGCACCGAGUUUCAUCGAUAUUGCAGCCAACUCGUCCCCUUCAUCACCACGGAGGAGCUGGUGCGACAAGCCGCUGCCGACUCGGCUGUUGAGUUUUGUGAUAGAAUGGCCAUAACGGAUAUGGAUUACUGCUUUCCCGAUGUUUUAACCGAUGAUGAUCUCUCGAAGUGGGUGGGGGAGGCGCAGUCAGGGACCGGUCGUGGUCAGUGUCUGUGCCUCGAGGAAUUCGCCGGCGGUCUACGCAAUCCUUUGUUCGCAAUCCACGCCAACGACAACACCCACCGAUUGUUCAUUGGAGAGCAAUUCGGAGUCAUACUUGUGUUUUUGGAGAAUCGUACCAGACUAGAGACCCCUUUCUUGGACAUCCGCGAUUCAGUGAAAUUUUAUAGUGGCGAACGAGGUUUACUUGGCGGUGCCUUCCACCCAAACUUCACAGACAAUUCCAAGUUCUAUGUUUUUUACACGACAGGCCCGGUCAGCAACAAUAUAUUCAUUCGAAUUAGCGAAUUCAAAGUUAUGGUCAAUGACAAAAAUAGAGCUAAUGUCUCAACGGAAAAAGUUAUCUUGGAGGAGGACCAGCCAUAUGUCAACCACAAUGGCGGUCAGUUACUGUUUGGGUUAGAUGGCUACCUGUACGCAAGCCUUGGAGACGGGGGAGCAGCUGGUGAUCCACAAAAUGUCGCACUCAAUAAGAAUAGUCUUCUAGGUAAGAUUCUCCGAAUUGACGUGGACAGCCCGACAGGCGGCCGAAACUACGGAAUUCCACCAGAUAACCCAUUUGUGGGGGUCGUGAACACCCGCCCAGAAAUCUACGCAUAUGGAGUACGUAAUUCAUGGAGAGGUUCGGUGGACCGGGGCGACAGACUGACCGGGUACGGUAAGGGACGCAUGUUCUUCGGCGACGUCGGCCAGAGGUCGUAUGAGGAGGUCAAUAUCAUCGUCAAAGGAGGCAACUAUGGCUGGCGGGCUAAAGAGGGAUUCUCCUGUUUCAAAAGCGGACAGUGUAACGACCAGUGGCUAGCUGAUGAAGUCUUACCAAUCCAUAGCUAUCCACACUCGGAGGGCAAAUGUGUCAUUGGAGGUUUCGUGUACAGAGGAUGUCAAUCGCCCAACCUUAACGGCAAAUAUAUCUUUGGCGAUUUCCAGUAUGGCCGACUGUUCCAACUCACCGAAAACACAACAGCGAACAGCUGGGAAAGGCAAGAUAUCUGCUUGGGCGAUUCAUCGGUUUGCAAAGGAAAUCUUGUCAGUACCUUCCCAAGAUACAUCCUGUCAUUUGCAGAGGACGAAAGAGGUGAGGUAUACUUUAUGGGAAAAAAUGGCCGACCAUCCAUAAAUAAUGAUCAAGGACACAUUUUGAAAAUAGUGGAUCCUGGAAGGAGGGGGAAUCCAUCGGAAUGUAACCCGCAGAUGUCCACAGCUGUGGACAAUCCUACAACCCAAGCAGAACCAACAACGACAGCUGAUUUCACAUCCACUGUGGAAGCAAACAUCAACCAACUGACUACGAGUGAUUCGCCAAUAACGACUAGUCGAUCAAUCACCACUGAAUCGCCGAUCAACGGACGACUUGCCACCACUGACUCAGAAUCAACAACGACAGCUGACUUGACAUCCACUGUGGAAGCAAACAUCAACCAACUGACUACGAGUGAUUCGCCAAUAACGACUAGUCGACCAAUCACCACUGAAUCGCCGAUCAACGGACGACUUGCCACCACUGACUCAGAAUCAACAACGACAGCUGACUUGACAUCGACUGUGGAAGCAAACAUCAACCAACUGACUACGAGUGAUUCGCCAAUAACGACUAGUCGACCAAUCACCACUGAAUCGCCGAUCAACGGACGACUUGCCACCACUGACUCAGAAUCAACAACGACAGCUGACUUGACAUCGACUGUGGAAGCAAACAUCAACCAACUGACUACGACUGAUUCGCCAAUAACGACUAGUCGACCAAUCACCACUGAAUCGCCGAUCAACGGACGACUUGCCACCACUGACUCAGAAUCAACAACGACAGCUGACUUGACAUCCACUGUGGAAGCAAACAUCAACCAACUACCUACGACUGAUUCACAAAUAACGACUGGUCUACCAAUCACCACUGAAUCGCCGAUCAACGGACGACUUGCCACCACUGACUCAGAAUCAACAACGACAGCUGACUUGACAUCCACUGUGGAAGCAAACAUCAACCAACUACCUACGACUGAUUCACAAAUAACGACUGGUCGACCAAUCACCACUGAAUCGCCAAUCAACGGACAACUUGCCACCACUGACUCAGAAUCAACAACGACAGCUGACUUGACAUCGACUGUGGAAGCAAACAUCAACCAACUGACUACGAGUGAUUCGCCAAUAACGACUAGUCGACCAAUCACCACUGAAUCGCCGAUCAACGGACGACUUGCCACCACUGACUCAGAAUCAACAACGACAGCUGACUUGACAUCCACUGUGGAAGCAAACAUCAACCAACUGACUACGAGUGAUUCGCCAAUAACGACUAGUCGACCAAUCACCACUGAAUCGCCGAUCAACGGACGACUUGCCACCACUGACUCAGAAUCAACAACGACAGCUGACUUGACAUCCACUGUGGAAGCAAACAUCAACCAACUGACUACGAGUGAUUCGCCAAUAACGACUGGUCGACCAAUCACCACUGAAUCGCCGAUCAACGGACGACUUGCCACCACUGACUCAGAAUCAACAAUGACAGCUGACUUGACAUCGACAGUGGAAGCAAACAUCAACCAACUGACUACGAGUGAAUCGCCAAUAACGACUAGUCGACCAAUCACCACUGAAUCGCCGAUCAACGGACGACUUGCCACCACUGACUCAGAAUCAACAACGACAGCUGACUUGACAUCCACCGUGGAAGCAAACAUCAACCAACUACCUACGACUGAUUCACAAAUAACGACUGGUCGACCAAUCACUACUGAAUCGCGAAUCAACGGACGACUUGCCACCACUGACUCAGAAUCAACAACGACAGCUGACUUGACAUCCACUGUGGAAGCAAACAUCAACCAACUACCUACGACUGAUUCACAAAUAACGACUGGUCGACCAAUCACCACUGAAUCGCCGAUCAACGGACGACUUGCCAACACUGACUCAGAAUCAACAACGACAGCUGACUUGACAUCCACUGUGGAAGCAAACAUCAACCAACUACCUACGACUGAUUCACAAAUAACGACUGGUCGACCAAUCACCACUGAAUCGCCGAUCAACGGACGACUUGCCACCACUGACUCAGAAUCAACAACGACAGCUGACUUGACAUCGACUGUGGAAGCAAACAUCAACCAACUGACUACGAGUGAUUCGCCAAUAACGACUAGUCCACCAAUCACCACUGAAUCGCCGAUCAACGGACGACUUGCCACCACUGACUCAGAAUCAACAACGACAGCUGACUUGACAUCGACUGUGGAAGCAAACAUCAACCAACUGACUACGACUGAUUCGCCAAUAACGACUAGUCGACCACUCACCACUGAAUCGCCGAUCAACGGACGACUUGCCACCACUGACUCAGAAUCAACAACGACAGCUGACUUGACAUCGACUGUGAAACCAACAAUCAACCAACUGACUACGAGUGAUUCGCCAAUAACGACUAGUCGACCAAUCACCACUGAAUCGCCGAUCAACGGACGACUUGCCACCACUGACUCAGAAUCAACAACGACAGCUGACUUGACAUCCACUGUGGAAGCAAACAUCAACCAACUGACUACGAGUGAUUCGCCAAUAACGACUAGUCGACCAAUCACCACUGAAUCGCCGAUCAACGGACGACUUGCCACCACUGACACAGAAUCAACAACGACAGCUGACUUGACAUCGACUGUGGAAGCAAACAUCAACCAACUGACAACGAGUGAUUCGCCAAUAACGACUAGUCGACCAAUCACCACUGAAUCGCCGAUCAACGGACGACUUGCCACCACUGACUCAGAAUCAACAACGACAGCUGACUUGACAUCCACUGUGGAAGCAAACAUCAACCAACUACCUACGACUGAUUCACAAAUAACGACUGGUCGACCAAUCACCACUGAAUCGCCGAUCAACGGACGACUUGCCACCACUGACUCAGAAUCAACAACGACAGCUGACUUGACAUCCACUGUGGAAGCAAACAUCAACCAACUACCUACGACUGAUUCACAAAUAACGACUGGUCGACCAAUCACCACUGAAUCGCCAAUCAACGGACGACUUGCCACCACUGACUCAGAAUCAACAACGAAAGCUGACUUGACAUCGACUGUGGAAGCAAACAUCAACCAACUGACUACGAGUGAUUCGCCAAUAACGACUAGUCGACCAAUCACCACUGAAUCGCCGAUCAACGGACGACUUGCCACCACUGACUCAGAAUCAACAACGACAGCUGACUUGACAUCCACUGUGGAAGCAAACAUCAACCAACUACCUACGACUGAUUCACAAAUAACGACUGGUCGACCAAUCACCACUGAAUCGCCAAUCAACGGACGACUUGCCACCACUGACUCAGAAUCAACAACGACAGCUGACUUGACAUCCACUGUGGAAGCAAACAUCAAUCAACUGACUACGAGUGAUUGGCCAAUAACGACUGGUCGACCAAUCACCACUGAAUCGCCGAUCAACGGACGACUUGCCACCACUGACUCAGAAUCAACAACGACAGCUGACUUGACAUCCACUGUGGAAGCAAACAUCAACCAACUGACUACGAGUGAUUCGCCAAUAACGACUAGUCGACCAAUCACCACUGAAUCGCCAAUCAACGGACGACUUGCCACCACUGACACAGAAUCAACAACGACAGCUGACUUGACAUCGACUGUGGAAGCAAACAUCAACCAAAUGACUACGAGUGAUUCGCCAAUAACGACUAGUCGACCAAUCACCACUGAAUCGCCGAUCAACGGACGACUUGCCACCACUGACUCAGAAUCAACAACGACAGCUGACUUGACAUCGACUGUGGAAGCAAACAUCAACCAACUGACUACGAGUGAUUGGCCAAUAACGACUAGUCGACCAAUCACCACUGAAUCGCCGAUCAACGGACGACUUGCCACCACUGACUCAGAAUCAACAACGACAGCUAACUUGACAUCGACUGUGGAAGCAAACAUCAACCAACUCCCUACGAGUGAAUCACCUAUAACGACUGGUCGACCAAUCACCACUGAAUCGCCAAUCAACGGACGACUUGCCACCACUGACUCAGAAUCAACAACGACGGUUGAUUUCACAUCCACUGUGGAAGCAAACAUCAACCAACUGACUACGAGUGAUUCACCAAUAACGACUAGUCGACCAAGCACCACUGAAUCGCCAAUCAACGAACGACUUGCCACCACUGAUUCAGGAUCAUUGUCAUCGGCAUCAUUAUUGUCGACUGAAACGAAAGCUGCAGAAUCGACAAUCAACCCACUACUAACAAGUGUAUCAUCAACGACUGGCCGAUCAUCCACUUCUGAAUUCACCAUUGACCGACUGGCCACCACCGAUUCUACUCUACAAUUGACUACGGAAGUGACUGUCGGACUCCGAAUCCUCGCGUUGAAUGGCUUAUCAGCUAGAUUUACCGAUGAUCUUACCAACAGCAGCUCUCAGGCAUUUCGUGAGCUAUCAGCACAAGUGACCAUGGCGGUGUUGGACAUCCUCCGCGGUUCACCAUCCACCGCUCUCGUCGUGGAUUUUGUGAUUUCUUCGAUACGUAAUGGGAGUUUACUGGUCAACGGCGUUGCCAUAUUUCCUACCAACUCGGCGAUCGAGGCGAAUGCUUUAGUCCAGGUCCUGAACAUCGCUGGAAGUAACGACGGAGAUGCAUCCGAUUCACUUACUAUUGAUCCGUCGGCUACCUAUGCAGCAGUUCCAAAUCAAGGUUGUCCCACGAACUACUGCACAAAUGGCGGCAUCUGCAAGCAAGCAGGAAGUCCCCAAGACUACGUGUAUUCUUGCGAAUGCGUGGAAGGUUACACGGGACGUCUGUGCGAAAACGGAGGUUUGUGUAGUGUCUAUCUUGUAAAUGAUUGUAUGAAUCGACAAUGCCCAGAGGUAGGUGAUAAUUUCCACGUUAUUGUCAUUCUGGCUGCUGUGGGAGUUGUGGCUCUUGCUGUCGUCGUGGGACUGAUGGCGGUGGUUAACAUGAUGCGUGCUCGCUCUGCAAGAAGAGUUGAAAGGCCAGAGACAAACGCGCCCAGAUAUCAUCAUCAAAGAUCCUUCGGUGUGGGUUUUGCAGACAGAGCUACGACACGUCCCCCAUCUCAGUAUUGGGUUCGCAACCUGGAAAGGGAAAACUUUCGCUUGCCUUACGUUGUCCCCGACACACCAGUUAGAGUGUUUGGACGAUGCUUUUUACUAUUAGCACCCUUCAUUUUCUGCAAGUCUAGGGGACCUUCAAACCUUCCAGCCGAAGCAGAUUGUUCAUGGACUAUAAUCUUGGAGUGGAAUACAUAUAUGUCGUGCAUUGGUUAAAUUGGUUGCGAAGUAUGUACACAUUAUUGCAACGAGUAAAGUUCUCAAGUUGCUCACUAUAUCGGUGCAGCUUCAAGGGCGGAUCCAUAACACAUUUGUUUGGGUCAAAAAGUGGGUCAAAAAUGAUGGCGUGAAGUUUGGGACCCACUCAUGGGCCACGAAAUGUUUUGGAUUCUAGAUGCUCUGUGGUGCGAUCUGAGGCAAUUUCUGACCACUUUGACCAUUUUUUGGAAGAAAAGAUGGUGGUGUACUCAAACAAAACAAUGGGUUCGUGGGUUUUUUUGGGGGGGGGGCAUGGCCCCCGUUAGCCCCCCCCCCCCCCCAUCCGCCUUCCCUUGGCGGCUUCAUAUUUUUUUAAAAGUGUGAGAUUUUGAUCUUAAAAUAUUCAUAUUGAUGAUGAACUUGUUUAUUAUUAUUAUUAUUAUUAUUAUUAUUAUUAAUUAUUCGGCCAACAAAUGAACAAAAGUACAAUGACAAAGCAAAUAUAUAUCAGAAAGUAAACAAAAAUUGGAAAUUGAAAAGUAAGACCAGACAAGACUGAAGGAUGCGAGUAGGAAUGGGUCGGUGGGAGGGGGAGGGAAGGGAGGGUGGACAGUUUGACAGGGGAGAGGAGAUAGAGGGACAGAAAACAAGAACAAUAUAACAUUCCAAACCGGCCAGGGUAAACAAAAGUGUACUUAAACACUGUAGCCCUAAGGCCUGCAUACCCAUGCUCGAAAUGUCUACACAAAAAAAUAAAUAGAAUACAAUGCCAAAAAAAACCACAUUAUUUAUUUAUUAACAUUAUUCUGUGUUUACCAUUAUUAGUUGAGCACACACUUUUACAUCUCUUAGAUGAAUGGAAGGGGAUUUUAAUACUAUUUUAACAUUCACAAAGGUCGGCGAAAGAAUUUUAAAAGGAUCUUUCUUUUUACAAAAUGUAUAUUAGUGUACUUUUUUAACAACUUAACUUUGACUCAGAUUUAUGACGUAUAUAAAAAUUAACACAUUGACUAUACAACGUAUGUCGUACCAAGAACCGUCGUAUCCCGAUUUUGGGCCAAUUUGAGUUUUUGCUUUUAACGUUUUAUUUCAUCAAAGUGCUCAACUUCACAAAGUUUUAUUCCGAUCUGCGUUCUAAUUAACUGAGAACGCUAAUUAGACUGUGCGGCGUAUCUCUAAAAAAAAUCAAAAAUGUUUCACCACGAAGUGUCGUAUCCCAAUAAUACGUUGCUUCGCGCGCUUAUUCCCAUAGCGCGCGCUGUGACGAAGCUAAACAUCACCAGCCCCCAUGAAAAGCGUGAAUUCAUCGUUUCACGAGCUGUCUUAUUCUCGUAUCUGCCACGUGGCCACUAUUAUACGCGCGUUGUAUGAAAUACAA